AUGGGGAAGUCAAGGAGUGGAUGUGGUGCGUAUGCACCACAGGUGGGAUGCCACCGAGAGGAUUUCUGGGAGAAAUUAGCUGAUCUGGUUCAGUUAAUUCCAAGAGAAGAAAGGCUAAUCAUUGGAGCAGAUUUCAAUGGACACAUCGGCGAGGGAAACGGAGGAGACGAGAGAGUGAUGGGAAAGUUUGGGUAUGGCACACGCAAUGUAGAGGACCAAGACAUUGUAGACUUAGCUCACCGCAUGGAAAUGGCUGUGAUAAACACCUUCUACAACAAGCGGGAAUUACACAAGAUCACAUACACAAGUGGAGGCAGGCAGACGCAAAUUGACUACAUCAUGGGCCGAAGAACACACCUGAGAGAAGCACGGGAUUGCAAGGUCGUGCCAGGGGAAAGCGUUGCUAAACAACACCACGUAGUGAUCAGUAGAUGGAAGUGGAGAUGCGGGCGGGGACAACAGCUGAGGAUAGAACCGAAGAUCAGAUGGUGGAAGCUGGGGGAGGAAGAGCCGAGCACCAAGUUUAGGCUUGGGUUCUUGCAUGUGGAGUAUGAUGAGGAGGUCCAGGAUCCGCCAGGCUAA